AAUGGUGCGCUGUGGCUACUUCUAGAUUAAUUUAGCGCAGGAAUCACGCUCGUUUUGCAUGGUUGACCGAUAUUGUAAUACAAGUCUCUAAAUUUGGUUAUUUUAUUGAAUGUAUCAGGUUGUGUUUUGGUUUUAUCCGUGUCCUGCAAAUGGGUCUCUUGCAAAUUGGAUGGACGGCAGCUAAGGCGGUGUUUGUUCGCUAGCUUAAUAAGAAGUGUUUAGCCGGACAUCGUCAGGUUCGUGGAGCUAACAUUAACAUUAAGACUAGGUCUAAAUCUUAAAUAACACUGGUGUCGUUUUACGUACAGGGUCUAUCGUCAGCGAUUAUAUUAAAUCCAGGGUUAAGUAUUGGGGUCGGUGUUGUACAGGAAAUCACCACGGGAAAAUAAGAAGCUAAUUUGUGCGGUUGUAGUGUUAGCAGUCUGAUUUUUGUUCUGUAUUCGUAGCCGUCGGUGCCACGGAGCCGCGCUGUGUCCACGUCUCACACUUUGCUGUGUUUAACGUUGCCAGCUGAGCGAGGCCACGUCCCUGCGGGCGUUUUCAUCCACAUACAGCAGCAACAAUUUCUUGAGAUGAUGUCUUAAUGUGCGGAAGAAGGAAGGAGAGCAAGGCUAAGUAGAAAUGUGAAGCAUUGGACGUCACUGUGUGCAGCUAGUGUUUGCAUUUCGAAGCGCUUUUGCCGCAUAUACACGACAUGUCACGUAGAAGGACCUGCUUUAUAUGUCACUGAGCUUUAGCGGUUGUAGCAGCCAACAACACAAAGUAACGUUAUAGUUCAUUUGGAGUUGAAAUGAUCGGGUUUAGCGCAAACCGACGAGGGGGGAGACUCCCGUCUUUCAUCUUCAUCUUCCUGAUGGUGGUCAUCGGUAUACUGUCUUUUAAUUACUGGACUGUGUCCAACAAGCAGCGGCGGCUGCUGGAUGAACUGGUAGAGGUGCAGACGCAGGUGAAGCGCACGGACGCGGCGCGCAGCCGUCUGGAAAAGCGGAACUCGGAGCUGAUGGUACAGGUGGACACGCACAAGAAGCAAAUCAACCAGAAGGAAGGAGACUACAGCGUCCUAGAGGGGCGGCUGCAGGUCCAAGACGAGCUCAUCAAAAAGUGCACUGAUGACAAGAUGAAAGUAGAAGGAGAUGUCACAGCCCAAAUGACGGAGAUCCGGAGGCUGAAAGAGCAGCUAAAGGACCUAAAUCAGGAGUUAAUCAAACAGGAGGAGCAGCUAAAAGAAGUGAAGAAAAAUAGCACGACAUUGGAAAGAAAACUGGAAUAUGAAAGUUUAUUCUGUGGACGUCAGAUUGCACAGCUAAAAGACGAGUAUGAGGAAUCAAAAAAGAACCUGGAAGAAGAAGCUUCCAGACUAAGACAGAGUGUGCUAAACAGUCAAAAGGAUGUGAUAGCCGUAAAACAAGGUCCAGCACUUGGUGUGGAAACAGGUAGAGACCACCAUACUGUGGCCAAUCAUCAGCACAACAAUGCAGAUUUAAAAGAUGACCUGGGGAAGCCUGGCAGUGAUGCUGGCAUGCCUGCUAUUGAAGACAAUGAGUUGGGAAAACCUGAGGAUGUGCAAUUCGCACUGAAGAAACCGGCGAUCACUAAGAAACAAGAAUAUCCACUUGAAGCUGGAUUAGGAGCAGGACUCGGGGCAGCUGAUGGCCCUGCAGGCCACGGUCUGUCUCUGGACCAGCCCAAGCUGCAGCAGGACAGACUGGAGGUCCAAGCAGCGGUGGUUGUGCCUCCGAACGUCAUCAAACAGCCAGACAAACCUAUAGUGUUUGAAGAAGAUAACAAGGCGGGAAUCAAGGCAGAUGAGCUGGGAGAACAGCAACGACAGAUUCGAGCUCCAGAUAAUAUCAAGGUUGAUAAUGACAAUGUAGCAGGGAUCGCUCCACCCCCCAACCCAGCUCAAGUGCCCAACCCCAUCCAGCCUCACCCUAAUAAAGACCAACUUGGAGGAGAUCUUGUGCACCACCGCCAAAGCCGGUUCUUUGAUGAGAACGAGUCCCCAGUAGAUCCGCAACACGGCUCUAAGCUGGCGGACUACAAUGGGGAUGAUGGGAACGUGGGUGAGUAUGAGGCCGACAAGCAGGCUGAGCUGGCCUACAAUGAGGAAGAGGAUGGUGAUGGUGGGGAGGAAGACGUUCAAGAUGAUGAUGAUCAUGACAUGCAGGGAGAUCGGGCUGUGGAUUAUGGGAAAAGACAUCAAGCCAUUGACAUUCUUUGAACUGGAACUCAUUCAGCUGUAGAAUCCUUUUAAUAUUACACAGACCUUUGUCUAAGACCAAGAUCAUUACAGAUAAAGUAGAUUGUCAAAAUCUAAAGGCUGCAUCCUCAUAGCCAUGAACUGAUAAGACAUAACAUAAUUAAUCCAAGAACAUUCAAAAGUUAUGAAGAAAAACAAAAAACAUGACAUUGUCCGGAGAUCCUCAUGGUUCACCAGUGGUUUUGUGGCAGUAGAUAAUAUAUAUAUACUGUACAUAGACUUUCGUUUUCGGUUGAUAACUGCCUCACUUUGUAGCAGAGUGGUGUCAAUGAGCCAUUUUGUCUUACAAUGGAACUCUAUGGAAAACCGGUGUUCAGUUUUUGCCCUUUUCUUUACUGAUUUGGUUACUAAAUUUAAACAGAUUGUUCACCACAAACAUUUACCAGAGAGGUUAAUUUGGUAUCCUUUCUUUUUUUAAUCACUUUUGGAAUCUUGGACUACAUUACAAAUGCCAAGGACUCUUCUUAUGGCCUGUAUGUUUUAUUUUUUUGUGAUGUAUAUUCAAAACGCUUCUCACUUUUUUUUACAAUGAUGCCAUUGCAUGAAAGUCAAACAUUUUCUGAAUCAGAUUAAGCAAAAAUACAGAUCCAUAAGCAAUACUUAAAAUGAUGUAUCCUCCACAGUGUGCACAGCCUGACUGAGCACAUGUGUAACUAACGUACUGUACACUUGCUUCCAUUAAUGAAGUCUCCUGUACAUAAUGUAGUUGAACUGUUGCCAUUUGUACUGAGCAAAAAAAAAACAAAAGUGUUGCUUUUUAGGAAAAUCGGUGAACAUGAAGUCAGUUAUGUCUGUGCUGCAGGUUAAUGAUCUUUGGCAGAAAGGCAGACUGAAUGUAAUUUAAUUUUAUUAAAGGUGAUGCUCCAUGUCA